AUGCCACUCAACGCCAAAGCCGUAUACUCCCGGGAAAAUGCGGACUACGUCCCAUUCCCCAGCCGACGGAGUACUGUCCACAGCACAAAGGGCAUUGUAUCAUGCUCGCAGCCGUUGGCUGCCGCCGCGGGUCAUCGGAUUCUGAGUCAAGGUGGAAAUGCUGCAGAUGCCGCAGUUGCAGUGGCUGCCGGAUUGAACAUGACCGAGCCCUGCUCUACCGGCAUUGGAGGCGACAUGUUCUGUCUCUUCUACAAUGCAAAGACCAAGAAGGUGCACGCCCUGAACGGCUCGGGUCGGUAUCCUGGGGAGGCCAGCCUUGAGAAGGUGCGCAAAGAUUUAGGUUUUGCCCCUGGUGCACCAGGCAAUAUGCCCAUGAUGAAUGCCUUGGCCGCGACAACUCCCGGUGCGGCCGCCGGUUGGGUCGACACUAUUGAGAAGUUCGGCAGUGGCAAGCUGUCCUUGGAGCAGAUCCUGCAGCCCGCCAUUGAGCUAGGCGAGGAGGGCUUCCCUGUGUCUGAGCUCUCAUCACACGGCUGGGUUGAAGCUGAGGAGGACAUUCGCAAUGCGUCCCCCAACUUUCGGGAGAUGCUCAAGGUUGAUCCUUUAGCGAAGGACGGCGUGCGCAGCCCUCUUCCGGGUGAGAUCAUGAAGAAUCCCACCCUGGCGAAGACCUUCCGUGCCCUAGCUGCCGAGGGUAAGAAGGGAUUCUAUAAGGGCCGAGUUGCGGAGCAGAUUGUCAAAGUGGUGCAGGAUCUGGGUGGCUAUAUGACCCUUGAGGACCUUGCCUACCACUCUGAAGUCGGGACCCAGGAGGUUGACGCGAUCUCGCUGGAUUUCACCGGCCAGGAUAUCGUCUCAAAGGCAACACUUGGCACAGACGGCGAUACCAACCAGGGUGUCACAAUUUGGGAGCACCCACCAAACGGACAGGGAAUUGUGGCACUCAUGGCACUCGGUAUCAUGGAGGAACUCGAGAAAACAGGCAAGAUCCCGAAGUUUACCGAGGCCCAGCACAACUCAGCAGAGUAUCUGCACGCCGUGAUCGAGAGUCUGCGUAUCGCCUUCGCCGACGCAGCAUGGUGGGUGACCGACCCAGAUGUAGAGCGCGUACCCUCGCAGGGCCUGCUCGCGCGCGAGUAUCUAGCUGAGCGAGCGAAGCUGUUCCACCCCGACCGCGCCGCGGAUAUCAUGGACCAUGGCAGUCCAGCCCAUAACCACUGCGACACAGUGUACUUCGCCGUCACUGACAGCGAGGGCAAUGGCAUCUCCUUUAUCAACAGUAACUAUGCCGGUUUCGGUACUGCCAUCAUUCCCGCUGGCUGCGGCUUCACACUGCAAAAUCGCGGUGCCAACUUCUCGCUCCAAGAGGGACAUCCUAAUGCCCUUGCACCGCGCAAGCGCCCUUACCACACCAUCAUUCCCGCCCUGAUCACCAAUAUCGCGGAUGGCUCUUUACACUCGGUUUAUGGUGUCAUGGGUGGCUUCAUGCAACCUCAGGGCCAUGUGCAGGUCAUGUUGAACAUGCUUGCCUUUGGGUACCACCCUCAGGCUGCGCUAGAUUCACCGCGCUUCUGUCUUGCUGCCCCAACGGACGAGAGUACUGACCGCACUGUGUGGGUUGAGGAGGGUAUUAGUGACGAUGCUGUAGAGGGCCUGCGUCGCCUUGGUCACAAGAUUGAGGUCCUCACUGGCUGGAAACGUGCUGCCUUUGGUCGCGGACAGAUUAUUCGCUCGUACUAUGAUAAUGGGAAGCUGGUUUAUGGUGCUGGCAGUGAUAUGAGAGGUGAUGGAAUGGCUUACCCUUUGCUUUAG